ACAUAUACAUUUGAUUUUAGUGACAACUAUUGUUAUAAUUUAAAAACUCAAAACCUUAUUUAAUUUUGCGUAAACAGUUUAAAUCAUUUAAUAAUGGAUUUGGAAAAUGAUGACAUAGAAUAUAAUUAUAAUGACAAAUUGAAUUGUAAAAACGGUUCCACACUCAUUUUCAUACUUUUAUUGCUUUUUAUAUGAUAAAAGGUAGACAUAUGCUGCUGUGCACUUUUUAUAGAACUUUUAAAGGGGAUCAAUUUAACUCCUUUAAGUCAUAGUGUGAUGUUAUUGGUAUUGCCUAUAGCCUUCCUCGAUAAAUGGACUGUUCAACACAAAUAAAUAAUUCAGUUUAUUUCAAUAGUUUCUGAAUUCAAUCAAACAAACAAACUCUUCAGCUUUUUUAUUUAUUUGUAUAAAUACUGUAUUUUGUAUCAGCUAACGAAAUAUAGUUAUAUUUGUAAAUUAAGCCAUUCAUGAUGUUGAUAGUUUAUUUUUCUUUAAUUAUUUAUUUCAAUUAUUAAUAGGUAUUAGAAUUCAAUAAAUUCAUUAAUGGUAAGUUGCAAAUAUAUAUUGAACACAGCAAAUAAUUAAAUAACAUUCAAUAUCUUUUACAGAUGAAAAGUACCUGGUCGGAAUAAUGUCCGGUCAUUAUUUAGCUUAUUUGAAUAUCAACGAUACUAUCAGCGAAUUGUACGACAGCAUCGUUAACGGUAACUACUCGUAUGCCGUUAAGCUGACACAAAAUCUCUCCGUCAAGAAUGGUUUUGCAAUCACGAAUGUAAUCGAGAAACUAACACAAGAAGUUAAUUCUAACCUCCUUAGCUACGGCUAUAAGCUUUGGUCCAGUGGCGAGAGAGAUAUUGUACAUAAUUACUUGCCUCAUUCUUUCAGUCUGAUAUUCAACGAAGGAAAUAAUGUCGUUCUGAUAAAUCGUAGAUAUGAUCUAGCUUUAAAACUAGAUGCCGGCAAAGAUUCGAAUGGUGACAGGAAGGUUUGGGGAGACUCGAGCGACAAAACCAGCCGUCGUAUAGUUUGGCAAAUGCUUCCUAUAUGGUAUAACAACAAGGUUUAUUUUAAACUGAAAAACUGGGACUGCAAUCAGUUUUUAAAAAUGGGGCUGUAUCCAGACGAUAUCAAAGACAGGCCCGUGUAUGGUGAUACUAAGCAUGAUGAGAUGAGGCACACUUGGUAUCUGGAACCGGUGCUGUUAGGCGAUAUACGCUCAUUCUUUAUUACAAAUAGACAGUUCAGUCAGCGAUUGAAGUUAGCUGUGAGUGCAGACUCCAUAGGGGAUCGACAAUUGUGGGGGCAUAAUGGCGACAUAAACAAAAAUGACCUUAGCCGCUUCUUAUGGGAUAUUAAAAAACAUUAAUAGAAAAAUAUUAAUAAAGAAAAAUUUUAUUUAAUAAGUGUUUUUUUUUUAUAAUCUUACACAAACACUUUAUACAGACACUUUAUACUGUACCAAAUCUUCUUCAUCAAGAAAUUCUUUAAUUUCAUCAACAAUAUUUUAAAUCUAUCUAAAAUUUCAUGAUUUCAUUUUAAGAAUGCCUAAAUAAAGCAAGUGUAUUAAACGAACAACUUUUUAGGACCGUGCCAUGUGACGCUCAGUUCUCUCUGCCUACCCUACAAGGGUAUCUAGCGUGAAAAUAUAGACAGAAUAAUUACAUAUUAUCUAUGGUACA